GAGUAAAAAAUAAAAGAACCAAUUUACCUGUUCCAAAUUAUGGGAAAAAGGGGCAGGAGAAGCCAAGCGUCUCAGUCCGCGUCGCAGACUUCCAACUCGACGCAACUUACAUUGGAAGUAUCCUUCAACAACAGCCAGAGAGUUGUCGAAAAUUUGGAUGAGCUUGUUAAUGCCUGCGUUAGGUAUGUUCUCUAUCAUGCCGGCUCGCGUUUACCAAUACGAAAGGCAGACUUACAAAAGCACGUUUUGAAAAAUGUGGGUCGAAGUUAUAACAUGAUUUUAGAGAAAGUGAAAGCAGUUUUAAAAGACAUAUACGGCUAUGAUUUGUACGUAUGUGAAGAGCAAAAGAGUGUUAUACGGUACUUGGUGUCAAACUCAUUACCGAAUAAGGGAUUGAAUCAACAGUGCGACAAUGACGUGCCAGAGGAUGCACACAAAAUUUUAACCAUGUUAAUUUUAACUCACAUUUUUAUGUCGAAUAAUACCACUACAGAAGCUGGUCUAUUUUCAUUUUUAAAUUCCUUAAACAUUGACGUUGAGGAAACGCACGAUGUGUUUGGAAACGUCAAAACGUUCAUUCAAUCAACUUUGGUGCAACAGAGGUUUUUACAUAUGGAGACUGAUAAUGUAACCAAACGACAUAGUUACACGUGGGGACCAAGAGCAGAGCAUGAGGUUUCCAAGCACGAGUUACUAAAAUUCGUGUGCAAAAUCUACAAGGACAGUAACCCGAAAUCGUGGUCGUCCCAGUUAGAGUGUGCUGAUAAACAAUUUAAUGUUGCUACAGAUGAAAAUGAGUCUAUGGAAGUUGGUGAUAAUUAAAUAAACGUUUAGAGCAAUCCUUA